GCGCCUCCCCCAGCGGCUCUGCUGCGCCCCCGGCGCCCCCAGACCCCAGCCUCCGGCGCCCAGCCUGAAGGUAGGAGCGGCAGCCCAGGCAGGAGGACGAGGAGGAGGAGGAGCCGUCGCAGGAUGAAGGAUCGGACUCAGGAGCUGCGGAGUGCGAAAGACAGUGACGAUGAGGAGGAGGUGGUCCAUGUGGAUCGGGAUCACUUCAUGGAUGAGUUCUUUGAACAGGUGGAGGAGAUCCGGGGCUGCAUCGAGAAGCUGUCGGAGGAUGUGGAGCAAGUGAAAAAACAGCACAGCGCCAUCCUGGCCGCCCCCAACCCGGAUGAGAAGACCAAACAGGAGCUGGAGGACCUCACUGCAGACAUCAAGAAGACCGCCAACAAGGUUCGGUCCAAAUUGAAAGCGAUCGAGCAAAGCAUCGAGCAGGAGGAGGGGCUGAACCGUUCCUCCGCGGACCUGCGCAUCCGCAAGACCCAGCAUUCUACACUCUCCCGGAAGUUCGUGGAAGUAAUGACCGAAUAUAAUGCGACCCAGUCCAAGUACAGGGACCGCUGCAAGGACAGGAUCCAGCGGCAGCUGGAGAUCACCGGAAGGACCACAACCAACGAAGAACUGGAAGACAUGCUGGAGAGCGGGAAGUUGGCCAUCUUCACUGAUGAUAUCAAAAUGGACUCCCAGAUGACGAAGCAGGCGCUGAAUGAGAUCGAGACGAGGCACAACGAGAUCAUCAAACUGGAAACCAGCAUCCGCGAGCUGCACGACAUGUUUGUGGACAUGGCCAUGCUCGUGGAAAGCCAGGGCGAGAUGAUUGACCGAAUCGAGUACAACGUGGAACAUUCCGUGGACUACGUGGAGCGAGCUGUGUCUGACACGAAGAAAGCCGUGAGAUAUCAGAGCAAGGCCCGGAGGAAGAAAAUCAUGAUCAUCAUUUGCUGUGUGGUGCUGGGGGUGGUCUUGGCGUCAUCCAUUGGGGGGACGCUGGGCUUGUAGGCCCACCACCCCUACCUCCCCCAGACCCUUCCCCCACCACAUCGGGAGCAAUACCCCCACGACCCCUUUCACUCCAUCCCCUGCUCCAGGCUCACCCCCAAGACAGACCCAGGCAGCCCUCUCCUUACCCCACCCCCCCAUCAGACCCUGGAGUCCCUGGACCUCACUGCACCAUGGACCCUGCCCCACAUAAAUAGCAGCAGGCGUGACUACACAUGCACACCAACAUGCAUGCCGCCGGCACGUGCUCGAGACGAAUGGACACCCCAGCCUGUGUGUGUGCGUUCACAGAUGUGUGUAGAAGCACCGCAGCACCCUUCUUGCCCCCACCUUGUCUGUGUGUCGUCUUAGCUUUCCCCUUCGCUCGGCUGUUGUGUAGACUGUGGCCGGGAUCACACAGCAGCCACCAAGCCCUGCUCUGUCUUCUGUGAAUAGGUGUGUGUGUCCACAGAUCUGUGGACACAUAAUUUGUGUACAUGGAAUUUUGUGUUUGAGUGUUUGAAUCUAAUGCAAUAGCACUUCUUCCACUGACACCCCUGCCCCCACACCUGCUAUAAACGGGGCAGGUUGUGCGUGUGAGAUGGUCCUUCCCAGAGGAUCCAGGUAGGCCCAAGUUCACGGGCCAUGGCAGGCACCCCACCGAGAUGUGGCGCAAAUCUUCCUGGUUUAGUCACCCCAGGCCUGGGUCCCGGGGGAGAGAGAGAGAGAGAGAGAGUGUGUGUGUGUGUGUGUGUGUGUGUGUGUGUGUGUGUGUUGUGAGCCUUGGAGUUGAGCCAACGUGAGUGGAAGCAUACACGUAUAAAUAACCUCGCUUGGCUUGUAUAUACAUGUGCAUUUCCCAGCAGGUGAUGCGAGAACUGUAUGUCUCAGGAUCUGCCCGAAGUGCUGGCAGGUCUCCCCAGACAGAGCAUCCAUGCUGCGCCCUGGACAUGGCUGGGCGGGCACAGGACGCGGUUUGGACGGUCCGUGUGAGCGUGUGCGCGCACUGGCACGGAGGCUUGCUCCACGGUGUUUGUCCCGUUUAUAUAUGCGCACACGUUUCUCUUUAA